GUUUCAAUCGUGCCGUCCUCAAACCCCUAUACAAUCUUUCUCUCCUCUUUCUCCUGUCUAGAUUCUUACUAUUUCUUCAUUCAGUACUCUCUCUCUCUCUAUUCCUAUGUGUUGAGUCUUGGGCAUGUAAUGGCGUCGUCGAGUUCUGCGUUGAGGUCUUCACAGAGGUCCGAGAGACAGCACAUUCCUCACGGACGCUCUUCUUCUGCUCUUUCUCGAAGCGUUCGAUUGGACAACAGACUAAUCUAUCUGUUCGCCCCAAACCCCCUGCUUCCCGGCGCUCUGUUACCCCUAAUUCUCGAACUCGCUCUCACGACGAUGACGACCCAGAACCUGGAAGAGUGAGAGUUGCAGUCAGACUUAGACCAAGAAAUGCAGAGGAUCUUCUUUCAGAUGCUGAUUUUGCUGAUUGUGUUGAAAUACAACCAGAGCUCAACAGGUUAAAGUUGAAAAAAAACAAUUGGAAUUCUGAAUCUUAUAGAUUUGAUGAAGUAUUUUCAGAGAGUGCUUCUCAAAGGCGUGUUUAUGAAGUAGUAGCAAAACCUGUAGUUGAGAGUGUAUUGAAUGGGUAUAAUGGGACAGUUAUGGCUUACGGUCAAACAGGUACUGGCAAGACUUACACUCUAGGAAGACUGGGUAAAGAUGAUGCUUCCGAGCGUGGUAUUAUGGUUAGAGCUAUGGAAGAUAUACUUGCCAAUGCAUCUCCUGUAUCUGAUAAUAUUGAAGUCUCAUAUUUGCAGUUGUAUCUGGAAUAUAUACAAGAUUUACUUGCACCAGAGAAGAUUAAUAUCCCAAUUGUUGAGGACCCCAAGACUGGAGAAGUGACAUUGCCUGGUGCAGUGGUAGUUAAAAUUCGAGAUCUUGAUCACUUUUUUCAACUACUUCAAACUGGUGAGGCAAACCGUCAUGCAGCAAAUACAAAGAUGAACACAGAGUCUUCUCGUAGUCAUGCAAUUCUUAUGGUUCAUCUUCGGAGAGCUGUCCAUGAGGAGGACAAUGAUGCUCCUUUUCAUGAAAAAAACAGUAAAAGGGAUUUAUCUAAUGGUCAUGGCAUUCCUACUGUACGAAAAAGCAAGCUGCUGAUUGUGGAUCUUGCUGGAUCUGAGAGAUUAGACAAAUCUGGCAGUGAAGGCCGCUUGCUUGAAGAGGCUAAGUUUAUUAAUCUCUCUCUUACUUCCCUGGGGAAAUGUAUAAAUGCAUUGGCUGAAAACAGUCCUCAUAUUCCUAUUAGAGAUUCUAAACUAACGAGACUGCUUCGUGAUUCAUUUGGAGGCUCUGCAAGGACAUCACUUAUUGUAACAAUUGGGCCGUCUUCUCGACAUCAUGCUGAAACCUCAAGCACCAUAAUGUUUGGACAACGGGCCAUGAAAGUUGUAAACGUGUUAAAGCUUAAGGAAGAAUUUGAUUAUGAAAGUUUUUGUCGGAAGCUUGAGAAUCAGGUGGAUCAUCUAACUGUGGAGAUUGAUAGACAACAAAAGUUGAGGGACAAUGACAGAGUUGAAAUGGAAAAAAACCUCAGAGAGUGUCAAAAAUCAUUUGCUGAAUCUGAAAAGAGUUUAGUUACAAGGUCUGAGUUUCUAGCAAAAGAGAAUGGUCGUCUGGAAAUAAAGAUGAAGGGCAUAUUAGAUGAACUGAAGCGUCUAAAAGAUCAUAAUGAUUUUAUGCAUGAUGAAGUUGAACACUUAGAAAUGAGUCUAAAACACAGCAAGCAAUACCAGCUUGACAGUUCUACGUAUCAGAAAGUACUUGCAGAUACCACCCAGAUGUAUGAGAAGAAGAUAGCAGAGUUGAUGAAGCAAUUAGAGGACCAGCAGGCUCACUCUGAAAGUGCUGAAGAACAGUUAGAUGUGAUGAAGAAGUUGCUAAGUGAUCAUCAAAAGACAAUGCAGCAAUAUCAAAAGGAAAAUUCUACAUAUCAGAAGGCUCUCUCAGACACCACUCAAAUGUAUGAGAAGAAAAUAGCAGAAUUAAAGCAGGAACUAGAUGAUGGGCAUGCCCGUUUUAAAGGUGUAGAAGAAGGAUUGGAUAUGACGAAGAUGCAAUUAAGAGAUCUUCAAAACUCAAACCAGAUUCAGGGGCAAAAGGUGAUUGAUGAGCUUAGGCUGAAACUACAAGAAAGUCAUCAGCUGCGUCAGAAGACUUUGAAUGAACUUGACUCUUUGAAAGCAGAAUAUAAAGUUCAAUUGUCAGACAAGGCAACAUUGAAGGAAGAACUUAAUGCUGUGACGCAGAGCCUUCUAAUUGAGGAAAAACAAAGGAAAGCUUUUGAAACUGAGCUUCUUAAAUCAAAGAUGCUGGUGCCUGAAAAUCAUGAUGACUUUGAGGACAAGAAAUCAUACAUGAAAGAGAAUAUGGUUAAACCACUGGGUUUACAUAAAUCAAACCAAUCAAGGGAAACAAUUUCCGGUCAGAGGGCCACAAUUGCAAAGAUUUGUGAAGAAGUUGGGCUUGAAAAAAUAUUACAAUUGUUAACAUCUGGAGAUAUCGAUGUCCAAAUCCAUGCUGUAAAGGUGGUGGCUAAUCUUGCUGCUGAAGAUAUCAAUCAGGAAAAGAUUGUGGAGGAAGGUGGUCUAGAUGCACUGCUCAUGCUGUUGCGAUCAUCCCAAAAUGCAACCAUACUUAGGGUGGCUUCUGGAGCUAUUGCUAAUUUGGCAAUGAAUGAGGCAAAUCAAAGCUUAAUAAUGAAUAAAGGAGGUGCUCGACUCUUGGCAAAUACUACGUCCAAAACAGAUGAUCCCCAAACUUUAAGAAUGGUAGCUGGAGCCAUUGCAAAUUUGUGUGGAAAUGAGAAGUUACAUGUGAUGCUUAGAGAAGAUGGAGGCAUCAAGGCACUCUUGGGAAUGGUUAGAUCUGGGAAUAGUGAUGUCAUAGCACAGGUUGCCAGAGGAAUAGCUAACUUUGCAAAAUGCGAAUCCCGAGGAAUUGUUCAAGGACAUAGGAGAGGCCGUUCAGUCCUAAUGGACGAUGGUGUGCUUACAUGGUUGAUUGCCAACUAUAAUUCUUCUUCAACUUCGAGUCGACGCCAUAUUGAGCUUGCUCUUUGCCAUUUAGCACAAAAUGAGGACAAUGCCCGAGAUUUCAUAUCUAGUGGAGGGGCAAAAGAACUCGCACGAAUAUCAGUUGAGUCAACAAGAGAAGACAUUCGCAACUUAGCAAAGAAGACUCUGAAAUCAAAUUCGACAUUCAAAGCAGAGAUGCACGCAGAAUGGUAGUAAAUUGUACAGAAUUGAGAUAUACAAUUCUUUUGUUCAAGUUAUUUACUCUUUCUAGAACUCUCAUAUGUAUAUUUCAUGCCAAAGUAGGUUCUUGGGUUGGCACAUGUAUGUAUGUAUGUAUGUAUGUCCAUGAUUGGCUUCUGUUGUCUAAUUGGGCACACUGGAAUCACAUAUAUUUGACUGUAAACUCCAAAUUUUGAAUAGAGAAAAGUAUAUGGUAAGUGUCAAUACUUAAGAAAAUUGUAUGUUUUACAUCAACA